AUGCUGGUCAUUAAAAAGGGCAGUACAAAAGAACUGCAGAUACCUGGAUUCCCUGUAGUAGGAAGUCUUCAUUCACAGACAGUAAAGAAUGGAACUGGCACAACUGUUUAUAAAGAAUUAGUCCCUAAACCUGCUACUUCACCCGCAAAGCUUACACAGUGGAAAAGCCAAGCAAAAGAAAAUAAACUUGGGAAUCUAUUUUCUCAUGAAUCUGCAUAUGGUAUUGGAAAUUUCAGUCCUCUCAAAACAACUGCCAGGGCAUUUACUGUGUCACAGAAUUCAGUAAAAGAGUGUAAUCGGUCAAAUUUGUCAUCCCCUAUUGCCAAAGUUGGUCAACCUCGUUUAACAAAAUUGACAAGAAUGCGAACUGAUAAGAGUGAAUUUUUGAAAGCAUUGAAGCAAGAUAGAGUGGAAGAGGAACGUGAGGACGAGAAUCAUGCUGGGCAAGAGAAGGAUGAUGAAUCCUUUAACUUGCACAACAGCAACAGUCUUCAUUGUGAGGGAGAUCUAAACCAAAACUUUGAAAAUGAAAUUCCACAGGAGAAUGGCAAUGCUCAACAGAUCAUUCGAUCUUCAGCUUUUCCUCGGGCAGAUGUUCUUUCAAGCUCGCUUGAGGCAGAGCAUAG